AUGUUUUUUACACACAGUGGUAAUUAUUUCCAAGUUCUAACCAAUCACGUCUGGGUGUUCGGCUCUGCAGCAGGAGAAGCCGUGAAGCAGAUCAACGCCUGGGCGGCGGCGGCGACGAACAACCUCAUCGACUCGGUGCUCACCGAGCAGCAGGUGUCCACUGAGACGGACGUCGUCGUGGCCAACGCCGUCUACUUCAAGGCCACGUGGGACUCCCCCUUCCGCGAGCGCAACACCGAGGACGACAAGUUCUACCGCCUCGACGGCACCGCCUUUGAUGUCGCCUUCAUGCAGAGCGGCAAGAAGCAGUACAUCGCCUGCCACCAAGGGUUCAAGGUGCUCAAGCUCGACUACAGGCAAGGACACGUGUGGUCAUCGCCGCCGGCGUCGUUCUCCAUGUGCGUCUUCCUCCCGGACGACCGCGACGGGCUGCAAGGCCUGGUCCAGAGGAUCGCGUCCAGCCCGGACUUCAUCCGCGCACACCUUCCGACGAGACUCGUCUCCGUCGGCGACUUCAAGCUGCCCAGAUUCAAGCUUGCCUUUUCGGCCGACAUGUCCGACAUUCUCCGGCGGUUGGGACUCCAUGUGGCGGGAGCCGACAUGUCCAACAUGGUGGAGGACGACGGCACCGGCAGGCCGCUGGCUCUGAGCGGUAUCGUCCACAAGGCUGUUAUUGAGGUGAACGAGGAUGGUACCGAGGCGGCGGCCGUGACCGCCGGCCUAAUGUGCGGCUGCGCCCCACCACCGAAGACACCGCCGGUUCUCGUGGAUUUCGUUGCUGACCAUCCCUUUGCCUUCUUUGUAAUCGAGGAGGAGUCCGGCGCCAUCGUCUUCGCUGGGAACAUCCUUGAACCCUCUCCGUCGAUUCCUGGAGAGAACCUUCGUCGCCGUGAGUCCGUACGUCGUGCUCCUAACUUCGUCGGGAGGAGGCCCGAGCAUCCAUGGACUUUGGGUGCAAUCGAUGAGAAACAGCUGCUCGGGGUAUACUCAAGGGGUAUGGAUGGCCGUCCAUUUGUGCAGCAUGAGGCUGCUUCAUGUAAUCCUAUUCUUCUUUUCGCUUGUGUCUGCCUAGUUGUGGCCUUUUUCUUUCAACUUGUACGUCUUUUGGUGAUGUAAAAUCUUAAUGGCUUUUUAAUGAUAGAAGUCUGCCUGCAUCGAAGAGGCCAGGAGAAUUAAUGCAAGUAUUAAAUCAUGUUUGGUUGUA